AUGAAGACCAUCAUCAGGAAGAGAAGGUGGAAGACAGACAAGCAGAAGAACACCACCCUGAACAUACCUGAAGAGUUUGAUCUGUACAGGCUGCCGAUUCUGGUGUUGUCUGUUGUCAGCCUUUACUUCCUGGAGUGGACGGACGUGUUCAAGCCGGUCAAGUCUGGUUACAUAUGUCAUGACCGAAGUCUGAGUCUCCCCUACAUCGACCCAAACCACGAGGUCAUCCCAUUGCUGAUGCUACUUAGCCUGGCGUUCGCUGGACCAGCCAUCACAAUUAUGAUUGGAGAGGCCAUCGUGUUCUGCUGCCUUUCACGUAGGAAGAGUGGCGCUGGAAAUGAGGCUAACAUUAACGCAGCUGGCUGUAACUUCAACUCCUUCAUACGCAGAGCCUUCCGUUUCAUUGGUGUUCACACUUUCGGACUUUGUGCAACUGCCCUUAUUACUGACAUCCUUCAACUGAUGACUGGCUACCCAACACCCUACUUUCUGACUGUUUGCAAACCCAACUACACCACACUUAAUGUGAGUUGUGAGAAGAACCCUUACGUUGUUGAAGAAAUCUGCUCAGGAGCUGACUUGACAGCCAUCAAUCAAGGCAGAAAAUCCUUCCCAUCCCAGCAUGCAACGCUUGCGUCCUUCGCCGCUGUCUAUGUUUCGAUGUAUUUCAACAGCACGCUGACCGACUCGUCUAAGCUGCUCAAGCCCCUGCUGGUCUUCUCCUUCAUGAUUAGUGCCAUCAUUUGUGGUCUGACCAGGAUAAUUCAGUACAAGAACCAUGCCGUGGACGUUUACCUGGGCUUCCUGCUGGGAGGGGCCAUUGCUGUUUACCUGGGUUUGUAUGCUGUUGGAAAUUUUCAGUCUAGCGAUGAGACCAGCAGCAAGCCUCCUUCCCUCGUGCAUCAGCCACCCUGCCCACUGCCCCAUGUAACUCAGGAGGCUGUCCUGCACCACCUGCAGAUGAAAGCAUGCAUGGCACCUGAGCCCGGCAUACCCACCUCCCAUUCUGAAGGCCUCCUCCAUCGAGGUCUUCAGCAACAGAGGCCCGAAGACAGCCUAAAACGUUCUGGUGCCAACGUGGAAGUGAUUUCCUCUCGUAGCCCUCCAAGUAAGGAUGCCAUAAUGACUUUUAGCCACACACUCCCCAGGGUUCACACUCCUCAGGCCAUAGCAGCAUAUGAGGAAGCUGCCAGGCGCCAUGCUGCCACUCUGCAUCAUGCCUCCAUGGACUCCAGCCGCUCCAAACAACUUCUCUCUCAAUGGAAAAGCAAGAACAACAGUCACAAGUGCUCCAUGAAUGUCCCAGAUUCCAUCUCCUCCUCUGUAGAUUCAUCAUCAGGCCAGUCCUCUCAGCACCCCCAUCAUGGCAGCAUGGAACUCCGAUCCAGCUCUGAACCAUCAGCUGGUGGUCUUAAUGGGGUCCUUGAUAGUCAUGCAUACUUGUCCAGGCUGCCAACAGGUUCUAGUACCACCUUGCCUAGCAACUGUAGUGGCAUCACUGGAGGGGCCAGGAUAUCCAUGCAGCCUAGACCAGGGUCUUCUCAGCUUGUCCACAUACCAGAAGAGGCCCAUGAACUUUACACUUCCCAAAGAAAUAUGGAGGUAGGAGGAAGUGAGUUAAUGUCAACAGGAAAUAGCACCAUUCAGGCUAACUGGCAAAAAGCAGCUGAGAGGACUGCAGCUUAUAGAACUAAUGAAAACAUGCAGAACAACCAGCCACGACUCAUGCAAGUCAUUGCCAUGUCCAAGCAGCAGGGGCUUCUCCAAACCCACUCCAAAAGCUUAGAUGAAAGCAGCAUGGGCUGCAAUGCUAACGGUAAUUGCCAAAGUGCUGCUAGAUGCAGGGCGUUAACUGAUCAAGAUCCUUCCAUCACCACGGGGCCCAGCUCACUGGGCAGCACCACAGGCAGCAUUUCAGGAAGCACCGGAGCAAUUGUCAGAAUAGAGGCACACCCUGAAAACAACAGACCAGUAAUUCAAGCUCCAUCUACUGAUGGGAGUGGAUCGUGGAGGUGGAGGUCCCUGGAUCAUGGCACUGGAGUUGGCGGAAGCACAGGAACUAGUUGUGUUGGAUCAGGUGCAGGACCUGGGAGUGUGAGGCAGUCCUUUGAGCACACUGACCUAAACCUGGACACGGAAAGCUCUGACUCAAGACAUGGGUCAAUUGACAGAAAACGCAGCAAUCACAUUGUUACCACAACUUCCACUGUUGGUACUUCACCCAUCGUCACUGUUCACACCCAGAAUAUAACACAGUCAGAGCAGAGGCUCCACCCCCAGGGCCUCUCUACCAUCAGGGUCACUCCAGGAGAUGGUAAUGUUUCAGGAGCAGAUGGAGGCGGUGGAGAUUCUGCCUCAGAGGUACCUUCGGUUGCUUCCAGUCGUGAGUCAACGCUGCGACGAAAAAGCAACAUGAUCCUGAUCCCGGAACGAGCCAACAGUCCCGACAAUGCCAGGAACAUUUUCUACAAGGGAACGUCCAUCGCUCCUGCUUUUAAAGACUAAAACACAAUGAGACCAUACAAUGUAGCAGAUAAGGUGGAGCCAGGCAGUUCUCACGAACCAUCAAAUUAUAUCGAUUUAAAAGCAAAGUUUUGAUGUAGCAUGAUUUUUGUACAUGUUUACACUAAAGCACAACCGUUUACAUGUUGUAGAGAUCACUGUGUACUCUGUGCUCACUCCUAAGAGAACCUGUUGUAAUGUGCCCGGUGUUUUUGAGGACAGAAUCACCUUUUCUAUUGAGUAAAGUGUUUUGGAUUAAAGAAAAGUGCAGUUGCAUUUAAAGAGAACAGAGCAACUUAUCGUGACAUAGCUGUGAAACCAACGUUUACUUCCCAGUUUUGUACAUAAUGUGUGU